AUUUUACACCUGGGAUUUCCCAUUUCCAUUUUCAGAUCUGAGUGACACCACAUCCAAGAGGACUGUACAACGUAAGUGAUAUGGCCCACUGGGACGGGCGGUCUGACGAGGUGGAAAGUUCGGUGUCACAAGAAAAAAAUGGAAUGCUGAUUAAGCAAGCAGAAAGGGGAGAUAACCUGACCGACGAGCGUCCUGUAAGUGGAAUUGACAAAGAUGACACACGAAUAGAAAAGAAUGAUGUUAGUUGGACGGUUAUCCAGUCGGAAGACACUUCGGGAGGGAGUGAUCCGAGUGUAUGCUUCAUAGGUAAUAUCGAGGACUACCAACCCACAGAAAGAUUCCAGACAAACAACUCUAUACCUGCAUUUUCCUCGGCGGGUUUUGCGGCACUGUCUCUUUUUCCAAAUAGUGUAUCCUCAGAAACAAGCGUGAAGGAAUAUCUAGAACAAAAUCAAUCAGAACAAGUCACUGACACUGACCUCACACACGACGUUCUUGCUCCCAGUGAUCUGAAUUCGUCCGUGGGGUCUCGUUGUUCAGCCAUUCCAGACUAUCACUGUGAGACGUGUGCUGUGAUAGAAUCUAAACUCCAUUCUCAGGAGUCAAUUGACUUCUGGAAAUGUGUCCCGCGGAAAGGUUUGGACGAAUCCAGCUGUCACGAGAAGUUCCUAGAGAAAUUUAUUGAAAAAUUGAAAGAGUUCUCUUGUGCGAAAAAAUUACUUAAGGAUUCCAAAGUGGAAAAUCUAUUGAAAACUCUUCUGAAGGUAAAUUUAGCAGAUGAUACGGCGGUGGUUAAAUAUGAGAACUUCGCACGUUUAGUGAAGUUUUUAGGUCCGGUCGGGCCCAGUGAAUGUGUCAUGCUACAACAGAUUUCUCACAUCAAGGAAGCCAGCAUUGUUAAGGACACAAGCAGGAAAGAGAAACUAAGUUGGUUCGCCGGCGACAUGACGAGAGAAGACGCAACAGCAAUGCUGAUUAAUGAGCGCUGUGGAACUUAUCUCGUAAGAAUGAGCCAAACCAGUGUUGUUUUUGUUGUGUCUGUAAAACAUGAAGACGGAGUUGAACACGUUGAGAUAUCGGGAGAUUAUAUAAACGCUCUGAGUAGUCGUCCGUAUGACGCCAGUCUCAGUCUCAACAGGAGGACAUAUACCAGUCUCGUGGAUGCCGUUAACUCACUUAAGACGAAUCCUCUAACGAUCAUUGAAGACGAUGAGAGCGAUGAGGAAAGUGAUGUGAUGUGUCAAAGAGCAGAGAAAAGUUUCGACAUAUUCUGUAGGUACUGUUGUCCAAACCUACCUCUGAACGGCAUUUUGUCUGGGUACAAACGAACACGACGGUGACCGGGAGCUGUGUCUGGAGUGGAUCUGGUGGGGCAUUACCACAGUCAUUGAUUGGAAAGACCAUGAACAUUUUAGCAGCAGUCUGCUGCGGUAGUGACCAAUG